AUGGUUAUUAUAUACGAAAUAUUCAUCUACUGCUGGUACGCUGAUGACAUACUAUAUCAGAGCUCCCAGCUGGCGGUGGGCGCCUACUCGUGCUGCUGGCUGCAGUCCACGCCCAGGCUGAGGCGCGCCCUCGUGCUGGUGCUGUGCAGGGCGCAGAGGCCGCUGGGGCUCACCGCCGGCAAGUUCUACCACAUCUCCCGCGCCACCUUUGUACGGCUCAUCAGCGCAUCAUAUUCAUACUACGCCCUUCUCAACCAGAUGAACGACAAAUAACCGUCCCUCACCACACAGCCCAAACGUCCAGUUGGCGCAGAAUGAUUUAUUUGGAACGACACUGGCAUCUAAUACUGCACACUGAUCACAAAGCAAGAAAAAAGAAAGUAGUUAACUGAAUAGA